AUGCUUCCACCAUCGACACAAGUGACACGUUAUGAUUCACAUAUGUUACCGACAACCGGCGUAUCAGGAAAGUUUUCAUGUUCACUAUGUGAACAAUUUAUCCAAGAGAGAUAUUUAUUAUAUACAAAUGAUCGAUCAAAUAAUGGACGAUAUUGGCAUGUAAAUUGUUUAAGAUGUCAACUUUGUGGAUUUUUGUUAUCGGAUUUAGGAAAUACAUUUUUUACAAAAGAAAAUACCAUAUUGUGUAAAGACGAUUAUAUGAGGAUAUACGGUAGUAAACCUUGUCAAACGUGUGGUCAGAUAAUUCAACCACAAGAACGAGUAAUGCGCGCACCGCCCAACUAUUAUUAUCAUAUAGAGUGUUUCUGUUGUCAUAAAUGUCGAACGCGUCUAGUGACUGGCGAUCGAUACGCAUUCGUACAUGGACAUUUAUUUUGUGAAAAAGAUCAUCCGCUCAAACCACCGUCGACAAUGAAUGAACGCUCAACAACUACUAAACGUGGAGGCGGAGCAAAACGUGGUAGUAAAUCGACGCGAGGUCAACAUCAUACACAUCAUACACACGCACAGCAACAACAACAACAACAACAACAACAGCAGCAGCAACAGCAAUUGCCACUGCCCACACCACCGCAACAUCAUCAUCCACACCACCAUCCACAUAUGCAUCAGGCAUCGAACAUCUCAUUGAUGAAUUCAUCGACUCACUCAAUUUUAAGUGUAAGUAAUUUGAAUGGUGGUGAUAAUUAUUGA